UGUUCAGAACGCGGUAUCAUACUUCAGUGCGGCUCGCACAGCCGGCAAAUGUUCGUCGGUUUAUUACGAUGCUCUAUUUUGUGAUAUAAACAAAGCACGAGAGAAUUUUUAUUUUUUAAAUGACAGUUAAAAAAAUUUGUUUUUCUUCGAAUAACAAUAACAUUUAAUAAACUUUACAUUAUUACUCAUUUGAUAAAUUGAGUAAUUUUAAAAUUAAAAGUUAUUAUUUUUUAUUUUUUUUUUACACGCAUGGUGAAAAGUUUUUUUUUCACAAAAAUUGAAAUAAAAAUAAAACAGUGUGAUUUGCAAGGGAAAUGAUUCUCGACGGAUAACAGACGGAAUUAUGUAUAAUAAAAAAGUAUAAUAAAAAAGCACAAUGAACGAAAAAAGAGAAGAGGAAUUAAAAGCUCACAGCUUCUGAAUGGGAUUAGUUGUCUCUUGAAGCGACUUCAACCGUUGAAAUGUGUGUUUCCGCAAGUACAAGAGAAAAUGUGGAAAUUAAGCUACUGGGAGCUCGUAAGGUUGAAAGACAAGGAAAUAGGUACCACUUUCGAAAAGCUCGCACUUUAUCGUGAAGAGCCAUUAGGAAAAUGGGUGCAAAGCAAUCCGCAAGAAAUCUGCCCACUACUGGAGAGGAAGUGAAUUUCGAUCAUUUCAAAAUACUCAGAGCCAUUGGAAAAGGGAGUUUCGGAAAAGUUUGUAUCGUGAAGAAGAAAGAUCGCACAGGAAAUAUGUAUGCCAUGAAGUACGUUCACAAGUGGGAAUGUGCCGAAAGGGGUGCCUUGACUAACGUUGCCAGAGAAGUGGAGAUCCUUUCGAAACUUGAACAUCCUUUUUUAGUGAAUCUGUGGUUCAGUUUUCAAGAUGAAGAAGAUUUAUUCAUGGUGUCCGACCUACUUUUGGGUGGAGAUCUAAGAUAUCACAUACAACAAGUAGUAAAAUUUAGUGAAGACAGCAUCGUUCUAUUCGUCGCUGAGAUUGCCCUGGCUCUCGACUAUCUACAAAAUCACAAAAUUAUCCACAGGGAUAUAAAACCUGAUAACAUUGUCUUGGAUGAGGACGGACAUGCUCAUGUGGCGGAUUUUAAUAUCGCCACGAAAUUAGAAGAUGGACAAUUGGCAACUUCGAUGUCAGGAACAAAACCUUAUAUGGCUCCGGAAAUUUAUAUGUGCUCAUGUGAUGAAUCGGGAGUUAUGGGUUAUGGUUAUGCCGUGGAUUGGUGGAGUUUGGGAGUUUUGGCAUGGGAAACCUUAGCGGGAAAUCGACCAUACGCAGUUCAUGCAGCAACAUCACACCGUGAAGCCUUAGAAAUUCUACAGGAUGAAAGACAACCGCCGGAGCAAUGGAGCUCAUUAAUUCGUGAAUUAUUGGAUCGACUAUUAACAUUGGCACCUGGCGCCCGUGUGUCAACUCUCAAAGAACUCAAGUACAUUACCAUCAUGAGCGAAUUGGAUUUCGAUAUGGUAUUGAGUAAGAAAAUGAAACCUGCAUUCACACCACCCAAGGAUCACUUGAAUUGUGAUCCAACACAUGAACUUGAAGAGAUGAUUAUUGAGGAGAGGCCACUUCACAAAAAGAAAAAACGUCUAGCCAAACAAAGAUCGCUCGAGGUGAAAUCUCUGACUCAAGAUGUCCUGGCAGCAGAAAAGGGUCCAGUUCAAGAAUACAGGAAGCUGGCAUGCAUACCAGAGUAUCUCAAUUUCAAUCGUGAAUGGGAAUUAGACAAGCGCGAAAGAGAAAGGAAGGAGAAGCAAUGGGAAGAGGAGCUCAAUACUGCUAUGAGGAGUGCUGACCAAAGAUUGAGGCUAAAGCAACAAUCGUUUUCAAAGACUGCCAAUCGCUUGAAUAUAUCGAAUGCGAAUGUGAAAGCGCGAAUUAACGCAUCUCCACUACAAAAUCGACGUAAGAGUGCGACGACGUCGUCGGAUAUUGAUUAUAUUGAUGCCAGUCCAGAACCUUCGACAUCGUAAUUCGUAAAUGACACCCUUUUCUUUCACAUAAAGAAAAAGAUCCAGAGAAAAUUAUAAACCCUUUUCAUCGAGAACUUAUAUAGAGAAUAUUCCCUCCCCCCAUUAGCAGUACCAUUUAUAAUGAAACAUUCUAAAAAUAUUAUCUUUUACUUUUUUCCUACUUUUAUAAAAACUUUCAUUUGAAUUUCAUUAUUUCUUUAUUUCUAUUUCAAUAAAAAAAAAAAAAUCGUUUCAAACAAAAUCUUCAAACGCCAAAUUUAACGUUUUGAUCCAAAAAUACUAUUAUAUAUUUUUUAAUUUUAAUAUUUUAAUAUUAUGUUUAGUAAAAUUUUAUUAUUUAUUUACCACAUAAUUAACUAUGUGAUUAACUAUAAACUGAAUGAAUAGUUUCUAAGU